GUUUUUAGGCUUCCUGCGGUUCGAGGGAGAGGAGAAAAUUGUAGACAAGAACCAGGACACGCUCGUACGGCAGAGAAAACCAAUGCCCGUGAGCGGGUAUGUGCUAAAUACUUUGAGGUGAUCAUCAUCAUUAUCAUCAUCAUCAAAAACGCCAUGCGUCAGCCUUCUCGAGUGGUACACUUUCCGAGCACGAUAUACAACGAGUCACUGCACAGCGAACGGCAGCUACUGAACAGUCGCAGACCAGCUGCAAUCGCGUUCGCUGCGACGCACUUCGCAAACGCCGCUUGUGCCUCGAGGAUGGCGUCGUCGGGCCGUGCUGCUGGCUCCGCUGGCGCUGGCCUCAACGCCGGUCUCCCCAGGGACGACGACGUCCGGAUGAGCGCUUGCAACGGCUACGCCACGCUGAGGGGCGGCGACUGCGAGGUGUCGGCGAGCAGCAGCAGCGACGACAGCAGCAGCGGGGACGACGACGGCACCAGCAGCGACGACAGCAGCAGCAGCAGCGGUUCCAGCAGCGACAGCGGAAGCAGCGACGUCGCGCAGGCCGGCGCGUCCCAGUCGGAGGACAUCGACAUCGAAGAGGCGCCGACCGUCUCCAUCGUCGCAGCCGGGGCCGCCUUCGCUGCGGGCGAGCCACAGAUGGGCAUCUGGAUUCAGCCGAACGUCGUCCGCCCGGCGGACCUUCCCAGUGACCACCCGGACGAAGUUCACGACUGGAGCGGUUGGCCCAAGUUUCCUGCCAAGAAGGACUUGGAUCAGCAGCCCGCGAUCGCUCCGAGUCUGCCAGCCAAGGUUCCCCAUGUCACCCUCGUCAACCAGCACGAGUUCCUGCUGCCCAGGAUGGAACUGCUGAUACACACACAGGGCAGGUUCAUGCAGCCAGCGCCUUCGUUUCGGAUUACAAACUUGGUGGACGACUUGCAGUACACGGCCUGGCUCACCUUCACGGAUUCCACUGGGAGCGAAUGCGUUGGUCAGUAUUCCCACCCGGAUUCACCGCAUCCCGGUUCCUCGUGGAACGGCCGUGUGCUGUCGUUUUCUCGGCUGAAGCUCUUCUCCAGCGACGGCUUCACUUCGAAACCACCCCCGAUCACUCUAACGUGUAACAAUAGCUACCGUAUCCAAGUGAACGUUGGAAUCGUGGAAGACAGCGGACACAUCCUGAGCGCGUCGGUCGUCCGACAGUUUGUCGGUGCCUACUUUGUCGCCGUCACCCAGUACAGCAAGAAAUCUAGCUGAUGAAACCACAAUCAGAGCUUUAUUUUCAUUUUUUUUGCUUUUAGUCUCUCGCGUCCAAGCAACAAGGGGUUGAAGACUAAGGCACGAUAAUAUAAUGUCAAUACUUCGCACCAUUUUCACGACUUCCAUUGUUUCCGUGAUAACAUUAAUAAAGACAUAUUUGGCGGUACAUAAA